GUGUUGCCAGUGAGUAACCAAAACUGUCUCGAACUUCGCCAAAAAUAAAGCAAAUAUUUUGCGUCCUUCGUUGAACGCGAAAAUGUCUCGCGAAAUGCAGUUGUUCAAGGUGGCCAAAGGUACAUUCGGACAGAUCCGUAAUUUGCAUGUAAGUGCGUCCGUGGGGCAAAAUGUCCGCGAGAAGAAGUUUGCCAUCUACCGGUGGAACCCCGACCAGCCCGACAAGAAGCCCUGGGUGCAGGAAUACAAGGUCGAUUUGAAUGCCUGUGGCCCCAUGGUCUUGGAUGCGCUGAUUAAAAUUAAGAACGAAAUGGACCCCACUUUGACGUUCAGGCGGUCGUGUCGCGAAGGGAUCUGUGGCUCCUGUGCCAUGAAUAUAGGCGGGGUUAACACACUGGCUUGUAUUUGUAAAAUCGAUACUAGUUUAGAUAAACCCACCAAGAUUUAUCCAUUGCCCCAUAUGUACGUUGUUAAAGAUCUUGUACCUGAUAUGACCAACUUCUACAAACAAUAUAAGUCGAUACAGCCCUGGCUGCAGCGCAAGGAUGAGAAGAAGUCAGGGGAACACCAGCAGUACUUGCAAAGUAUGGAUGACCGCCAAAAGCUCGACGGUUUGUAUGAGUGCAUUUUGUGCGCUUGCUGUUCAACUUCAUGCCCCAGUUAUUGGUGGAACGGCGAUAAGUAUCUAGGACCAGCUGUACUUAUGCAGGCCUAUCGCUGGAUCAUUGAUUCCAGAGAUGAUGCAACUGCAGAAAGAUUGGAUAAAUUGAAAGAUCCGUUUUCAGUAUACAGAUGUCACACUAUCUUGAAUUGCACAAAAACGUGUCCUAAAGGUCUGAACCCUGGAAAAGCUAUUGCUGAAAUAAAGAAGUUGUUAGGUGGUCUUGCCAAGAAGGACGCUCCGGGACUUGAUACUGCCGCUUUGCAACGUUAAGUCGGUAUUUUUUUGUCUAUACUAUAGGCUUAAAAAUAUAUUUAUUUUGAAACUAAAUUUGUUUUUGUUCCUUUGAGAAAUGUUAAGUUAUUCAAGAUGUACAUAUUUAACGAGAACUUUUAUCAAAUUAGAUGGACCUUGUAUUAUAGCGAUUAAAACAAUGCUUUGUGGUGUAAUCACGUUUUAAAUAAACACUAGAAAAUG